AAAGUCUCUGUACACCCAGCGAAUGUUGUCGGCAUUCAGUAUGGCAGGUUUUGUGAAGCAAGCCCAACGGCUUAGCGCGGCCGUCGCAUCGGAGUCGUCGAGCGAUGAGGAGCAGAACCAUUUUUCCGACUCGUCGGAUGAUUCCGAAGAGUUUGGCAAUAAGUUCUUCCACCAGGCAGCAGCCCGCUCGUAUAGGGAACGAAUGUUUGACUUCAGUACCGUCGGGCCCGAGCGGAUGUGGUUGAAAAAUUUGCUUCUUUCCGAAACGGAAACCGAAAGCGAGAUCUCGGAUGUGGACGAUUACAUCCAGCAAAUGCUGCAGGAUCAUGUGUGGGAGAAAAAGAUUCGGGAAAGGUACAACGAUUCGCCGCAAAGUUCGCACUACGGAUAUUACAGCGCCGGUUUGCUAUCGGAUAACGAUCUGUUCCCCGAACAUGGACGGUCCGUAGCAGGGAAGCGUAAGUGCAAAAUGGAUCAUGGCAUGGGCAAAACGAAAGGUGUAAGGAAAAAGAUGAAACUUGCCAAAAAACGCGGUGGUCCUGACGGUACCAGCUCUUCAAUGAGAGGUCCAAUGUUUGGCGAUAAAAAUUUUCAAAAGCUGCUACAACUACAUAGUGGCCGGUCGGUAACGGUGAAUCCUUCGGAUGACGGUAGCAUGGAACACACAGCCACCGAUCCAGACGAGUCUCCGAUCGGCAAACGGGGUCGUAAAAUGCGCAUGAAAACACCGGAAGCAUUAAACAUACGCCGGCGCAAGAUGUGGCAGCUGAUGGCGAAGAAGGAGGUUGGCAAACUGCAGCGUGCCAAGGCAAACAAUCACAAGGACACGAUCACGAACUGCCGGCGGGUAGCGGCACUCUGUAUGCGGGUCGCCCGCCAAAAAGCGAUGCAGUCCCAGAAGCUGAUGAAAGACACUGUUUGGCGGGCGAAGCGAUUAACGCGCGAAAUGCAAGUCUACUGGAAGCGGUACGAUAAGGUCGAGCGGGAAACGAAGCGCCGCAUGGAACGGGAGGCGGAAGAGCAGCGAAAGAUCGAUGUGGAAAUUGUGGAAGCGAAGCGCCAGCAACGCAAGCUUAACUUUCUCAUCACACAGACGGAACUGUACGCACAUUUUAUGUCACGCAAGCUGGGCAAUGUGUCGGCCGAGGAGCAGCUUAAGAUACUUUCCCAGCUAGACGAGGAAAGCAAUCCACGGUUGGCCGCUAUCGAUAAUUACGAUUGUGAGCGGAUGAAGCAGCUGGCACAGAAGAAUGCAACCGAAGCGUUCCGUAGUGAGCGGGCACGAACGAACCAGUUUGAUGUGCAUUCGAUGGCAGAUUCGGCCGCAUCAUCUCCAUCGAACGAACCAGCCCGGCCGUUGGAAGAGUCGAAAGGCAACGGAACGUUUGAUGUGGCACCAGCAAGCAUAACCGAACCGAGCACAGGAAUCGCAGAACUACCGCAACCUUCCAUGUUCCGGGGACGGUUGAAAGGUUACCAGCUGAAGGGUGUUGCGUGGCUCGCCAAUCUGUACGACCAAGGCAUCAGCGGAAUACUGGCAGACGAGAUGGGCCUCGGCAAAACGGUACAAUCGAUCGCUUUCCUAUGCCACAUUGCCGAACAUUAUGGUGUUUGGGGUCCAUUUUUGGUAAUUUCGCCUGCUUCGACACUUCACAACUGGCAGCAGGAGAUGGAACGGUUUGUGCCCGAGUUUAACGUCGUACCGUACUGGGGAUCACCGAACGAGCGAAAAAUUCUACGCCAAUUCUGGGAACAGAAGCACCUGCACACGAAGGAUGCGAGCUUUCACGUGGUCAUAACGAGCUACCAGCUGGUAGUGACCGACUAUAAGUACUUUAAUCGCAUCAAGUGGCAGUACAUGGUGUUGGAUGAGGCGCAAGCAAUUAAAAGCUCGAGCUCGAUGCGAUGGAAGCUGCUGCUCGGGUUUAACUGCCGGAAUCGAUUGCUGCUGAGUGGUACACCGAUACAGAACAGUAUGGCGGAGCUGUGGGCACUGUUGCACUUUAUCAUGCCGACGCUGUUCGAUUCGCACGAGGAGUUUAACGAGUGGUUUUCGAAGGACAUUGAAAGCCACGCCGAGAAUAAGACGGGUAUCGAUGAAAAGCAAAUAUCAAGACUUCACAUGAUCCUGAAACCGUUCAUGUUGCGAAGAAUCAAGAAGGACGUCGAAAAUGAACUGUCGGAUAAGAUCGAAAUCAUGGUGUACUGUCCGCUGACGACACGCCAGAAGCUGCUGUACGUUGCGCUGAAGAAAGAGAUUUGCAUCGAAGAUUUGCUCCAUCUCACCACGGUUGGAGGUGGUGGUGGUGGUGGGAGCGGAGACGGACAAUCCAUCGAUCGUAAUUUUACCUCGAAUCUGAUGAAUCUAGUAAUGCAGUUCCGUAAGGUGUGCAAUCAUCCGGAGCUGUUCGAACGACGCGAUGUCCGCAGUCCGUUUUGUAUGAAAUGGAGCUACGAGCUGGCAGAGCGACCAAUAUUUCGAAGGCAGUUGCUAAUGGAGUACACUGUGCCGAGCAAGCGUCAUUGGUUGUAUAAUAGAUGCUACAUAUUUAAAGCGUUGCAAGUACAAAGAAGUAUGGCGAGAGAUAAUGAACGGGAAAACACCGUACCUGUACCGAUGGGCCGAUCAAAAGCACCGAAGCAAACGCAUUACGAUGACUGGUGUAUGUCAUUUAGUUGUGCGAGACUAGCCGGUGGUUUGUCACCGCAGCAGGUGGAACAGAUUGCCCGGAGGAAUGUGUUUUGGUUCAUGUAUCAACUGAUCGAGGAAUGGGUUCAUUGGAUAACGGUGUUGCAUUUUCGUUGGAUUUGGAGCGAUACGCGAACGAACGGCGUGUGGACCGAUCCGCGCUAUAUGCUGCUCGAACCGUCAGCGGAACGUUGGACGACUCGCUGCUUCCCAUGGAAAGCGAUGGACAAACUAUUGUUUACGCACACGAUCGUACACUCAACGUCCAUUCCUGUGUACACACAUUGCGAUCAUGUUUUGCAUUUUACCUCCGAAACACUGGACCAUCGUAUAAUGCGCAGUCGAAAGCAACAAAUCCCAGGACAACCGUUAACCCUACUGCCCGAAGUACCGUUCCUACCCAGCCGAAGGCUAUCCACCGUAUUGCCAAACGAACCGACGGCAAUGCCCAAAUUUCUCUGUCGACACUAUACCAAGGUACUCAACACCACCGGAUGCACUGGGCCAGCUUUAAGGCCUGUGUACACCCAUCGAUUAGCCUGUGGCCAGUCUUUCAAUGACGCUACAGGAGCAGCAGAAAGAAAGCUCAGAGAACACGUGCACGCAUCGUACCCCGCACACGGAUGGUCAAACAUUAUCAUUCCCGACAAGCAAACGCUCGUGUCCGAUGCGGGUAAGCUGGCGGUGUUGGAUUCGCUGCUGGCACGCCUCAAAGAACAAGGCCACCGUGUGUUAAUAUACUCGCAGAUGACAAAGAUGAUCGAUUUGCUAGAGGAAUACAUGUGGCACAGAAAGCAUCGCUAUAUGCGGUUAGAUGGUUCGAGCAAAAUUUCCGAACGGCGCGACAUGGUUGCCGACUUUCAGAAUCGGGCAGACAUUUUUGUCUUUCUGCUUUCCACGCGAGCCGGUGGGCUCGGCAUCAACUUAACCGCGGCAGAUACUGUGAUUUUCUACGACUCCGAUUGGAAUCCGACGGUCGAUCAACAGGCGAUGGAUCGGGCUCACCGAUUAGGCCAAACAAAGCAGGUUACCGUCUAUCGGCUUAUUUGUAAAGGCACAAUCGAAGAAAGGAUAUUGCAACGGGCGCGCGAGAAAAGUGAAAUUCAAAGAAUGGUUAUCAACGGGGAUAAUUUCAAACCAGACACACUCAAACCAAAGGAAGUCGUUUCGCUGCUACUUGACGAUGAGGAGAUUGAGUUGAAGUAUCGUCAAAAAACGGAAGAACGUCGAUUGAUGGAGGAUCCUGUUGCGAAAUCCACGAAGGAACGCGAUCGCAAACAGAAGCAAUCGUCCGGCAAGGAGACGGUAGGCAAAGAUCGCAAACGACUGGUCGAGACGAAUGCUUCUUGUGACGAGCCGGGUGGUUUUGGAGAUUCUGCUGCACCGAGUCCUGCGCAAAGCGAGCGUUCCAAUCUCAGUGACAAUACGAACAAAGCGUUAGAUGCGCUGGACGAAUCAAGCAACGAAGCAUCUUCCAUGUCGUUUGAUAUGAUACGGGAACGGGACAGUAAAGCAAGACCAGCGGCACGUGGUGGUAGCAAACGAGGAAGGCCCCGUGGCUCGAGAAGAGGAGGCGCAGUUGGCUCGGGAAGCACUAGACCCGCCGCAGUGGAACAGCAUGCCGAAAAGGACACGAGUUCCUCGAUGUCUGCAGUUCCAUUGCCUGCCCCCGUUGCUACCAUUGCUCAGGUAAGGCGUGGUCCGGGACGCCCACGGUUAAAAACAAACGGACCCAGCAAUCAAGGUACCCGCGGACCACACGUUCGCCAAACGAUACGGAUACGGAAACCGAUCGGCCCACUGGUGGUACCGCUGGGCGGUCAAACAACUGCCGCCACGGCUGGAGGAAAUCGUUUACUGUCGGCUUCCCCGUCCAAUCGUUCUUCGAAACCUGCCGCCCCGUCCAGUUCGCCUGCUUCUACCUUCCCUCAUUCGGCAAGCGGUUCAUCGCAGCCACGCUUCAGUGCGGAGCCAUCAGCCAAAUCGACCUCGGUACGGACGGCGAAUGCUGCUAUCCAAGAUACCUCCCAAACCGUUCCUUCCUCUGACAAUCUGGUAACAGAUCGACAGCAAUCGAUACCACCGAUCGAUAACGAUAGUGGUUCAGAAUUCCCCAAUAGCACGAUUUUGCUCCUCUGCUUUAUUGAGUUGAUCGUAUCGCGGGACGUGUACGAUCACUACGAACACAACAGCGUACGGCGUGGCCACCGUGCUUUUCGUCAGCAGCAGGAGCAGCAGCACCAUCAGUACAACAACUUUAACCACAACAGCAAACACAAUGGCAAUAGCAACUAUCACCAUCAAACGUACUGCGGACGACAGGUGAAAUUUUAUGAAAAAUCUACCCACCACACCAAACACACCGGCCACCACCAUCAGCCGCGGGUGGAAACGAUCCCGAUGAAACACAAGCGCCACCACGCCAGUCAACAUCAGCGUGCCACCAAUGGAUCGUCCUCCUCCACUAUUCACUAUCCUCCCGACUGGACGAUGGACGGUAUUUCACCCGGCGGUCAACAGCAAACACUUCUAAUGCUGCAGGACGACGAGCCUAGUUCAGCGACCACCGGUCUAAAGCUACCGAAGCACGGCCUAUCGGUGUGGCCCGUCAAGCGGGAAGCCGUCGUCGAGGGUGAUCUCAUACUCGGCGGACUGAUGAUGGUACAUUCACGCGAAGAUUCCGUCACGUGCGGACCGAUCAUGCCGCAGGGUGGUAUACAGGCACUAGAAACGAUGCUGUACACGCUGGACAAGAUCAACGAGCAGGGCCUGGUGCCGAACGUGACGAUCGGUGCACACAUCCUGGACGAUUGUGACAAGGAUACGUACGGGUUGGAGAUGGCGGUCGAUUUUAUCAAGGGUUCCAUUAGCAAUAUAGACGAUAUAAACGAUUACGAUAACUGUAGCAAAGGGCACAAGAAGAAAAUUAUUUCCGGCGUCGUUGGGGCCGCCUCGUCCGUAACAUCAAUACAGGUAGCGAAUUUGCUGCGAUUAUUUAAAAUACCUCAGGUUUCCUUUUUCUCUACAAGUCCAGAGCUGAGCAAUAAACAACGAUUCGAAUAUUUUUCGCGAACCAUACCAUCGGAUCAUUAUCAGGUGAAGGCAAUAGUGGACAUAGUCCAGAAGCUGGGCUGGAGCUACAUUUCCAUUAUUUACGAAGAGAGCAACUACGGCAUUAAGGCAUUCGAAGAGUUAGACGACUUGCUGUCCAAGCAUAGCAUCUGCAUAGCUGUUAAAGAGAAGCUAGUCAAAGAUUCUGGUGUUGCUGAUACGAUAGCAUAUGAUAACAUAGUACUUAAACUGUUAACCAAGCCACGUGCUAAAGGUGUUAUUAUAUUUGGAUCGGACCAAGAAGUGGCCGAAGUGAUGAAGGCAGUCCGCCGGCAAAAUGUUACAGGGUUAUUUUCGUGGAUCGGUUCGGAUGGUUGGAGCGCGCGCAAUCUGGUGUCGGAUGGCAAUGAGGCCGAAGUCGAGGGUACACUGUCGGUACAACCGCAGGCAAAUCCAGUGCUUGGGUUUGAAGACUAUUUUCUCAACCUGACCGUUAUUAACAAUAAGCGUAAUCCUUGGUUUGUAGAAUUUUGGGAAAACAAUUUCCAGUGUAAAUAUCCUAACUCACCUUCUACCCCGUACAACAAGGACUACAAGAAGGAGUGCUCGACCACGGAGAAGCUUGCGAAAGGUGAUCUGGACUUUGAAGAUCAGCUGCAGUUCGUAAGCGACGCGGUGAUGGCUUUUGGAUAUGCGUUCAAAAACAUGCAUCAAGAGCUCUGCCGGGGUAAACCGGGUCUUUGCGACGCAAUGAACCCGACCAAAGGUUCGGAGCUGUUAAAAUAUCUUCGCAAAGCGGACUUUAUCGGACUUAGCGGGGAUCGGUUCAACUUUGACGUGAACGGAGACGGACCGGCACGGUACAACAUUAUCCACUUCAAGCAGGUAGCACCGGAACGGUACAAAUGGAUAAAAGUGGGUGAAUACUAUCAGGGUGAGCUGCGUUUAAACAUGCAAGAUAUUCAAUUCCGCACGAAAGAUUCUAUGCCACCGGAAUCGGUGUGUAGCCGACCGUGUGAACGAGGUCAGGCGAAAAAGUACGUCGAAGGUGAAGGAUGCUGCUGGCAUUGUUUUAACUGCACACAGUAUCAGAUACGAAGUCCGAAUGAUGAAACCCACUGCGUCAACUGUCCAAGAGGCACACUGCCCGACGUCUACCAUGAAGAGUGUCAGCAAAUUCCGGAAUCGUAUCUGCGCCCGGAAUCAUUCCUUGCCAUCGGCGCAAUGACGUUCAGUUCGUUUGGCAUACUGAUUACAUUUUUUGUUAUCGGUGUAUUUUUAAAACACAACGAUACACCGAUCGUCAGAGCGUCCGGGCGAGAGUUGAGCUAUGUGCUGCUUAGCGGCAUACUUCUCUGCUUCGGUGUGACCUACACGCUGGUUAUCAAACCAAACGAUAUCGUUUGUGGAGUGCAAAGAUUUUGGUCUGGCUUCUCGUUCACUGUCGUCUAUGCUGCAUUACUAACCAAAACAAAUCGCAUUGCACGCAUCUUCAAUGCGAGCACCAAAUCAGCAAAACGUCCGUCUUUCAUAAGUCCGCAUUCUCAGUUAGUCAUCUGCGGAAUACUGGUUUCCUUUCAGAUUUUAAUCAACGCAGUAUGGAUGAUCGUGUCCCCUGCACAUGCCAUGCACUACUAUCCCACGCGGGAAGAUAAUCUACUGGUUUGCAACUCCUACACCGACGCAUCCUACAUGAUUGCAUUCUUUUAUCCUAUAUUUCUGAUAGUCAUUUGUACCGUAUACGCCGUGCUAACGCGGAAGACACCCGAAGCUUUUAACGAAUCUAAGUAUAUUGGUUUUACAAUGUAUACAACUUGCGUUAUUUGGCUUGCAUUUAUACCACUGUACUUCGGUACGGCCAAUAAUGUGCAACUUAGAAUAUUUACAAUGUCCAUGACGAUUAGCCUGUCGGCCACAGUGACGCUGGUAUGCUUAUUCUCACCAAAGCUUUACAUCAUAUUGAUUCGUCCGGAACGAAACAUACGACAAAGUAUGAUGCCCAUCCGUUAUAGCACAAUAAACAAAACGACCGGUUCGGCACAAUCGUCCGUAAUGGCGGCCGUCAUUGUAACGGCGGCCACGUGCAACGAAAAUGAGAAAGUGAUCAAGAGCAACUCGAACGAAAACAUUCCUGCUGCGUACUGAUACACAAAAAAGGUGAAGCUAAAACGCGUAUGCAACGCUUCAAAAUCACCACAACAGCAGAACAGCA